AUGCCAUCUUUUCAUUGUGAUAAUUUAGUCGUUUUAAAACGACAUCGUAUUCAUUCAUCACAAAAUGAUGAACAUAAUAUUCGUGAAAAAUCAACUGAACAAUCAAGUCCAGCACGAACAUUAUCAAGAAAUCGUCGUGGUACACUUAUUGGCCUUCCGCCAACAAUUAUUAAUUCAUCGCGAGAAAAUUUAAAAAUAAAUUUAAAUGUUCAACCAACUGUUUUUUUCUAUAGUGAAGAUACAUUUCAAGAAGAAUGUUAUCAAUCAAUCGAAGAUAUUCGAUCAAUUACAGAACAUGAAUGUUUAUGGAUCGAUGUAACUGGUGUACAUGAUCAUGAUUUAUUAGCACGUCUUGGUCGACAAUUUAAUAUUCAUCCAUUAGUCAUAGGCGAUAUUGAAAUAACUGAACAACGAACUAAAUUAGAUGUUUUCGAAGAUGCUUUAUUUCUUGUUGCUAAAAUGAUUUAUCCCGAUAAUCUUCAACAAAUUACACAUAUUGAACAAAUUAGUUUUUAUUUAAAAGAAAAUAUUCUUAUAACAUUUCAAGAAAAACCAAAAGAUAUUUUUGAAACAAUUAAAAAUCGCUUACGACAAAAUAAAGGUCGUGUACGACGAUCAAAAAUAGAUUAUUUAUUUUAUUCAUUAAUCGAUCGAAUUGUUGAUCAAUAUAUGGAUGUAUUAGAUAUAAUCGGUACUAAAGUUGAAGCUAUUGAUCAUCAAUUAAUGCAAACAUUAUCACGUGAUGCUCUAGAAAAAAUAUAUGAUCUUAAACGUGAAAUGCUUUAUUUUCGUCGUUCAAUAUCACCAUUAAAAGAAAUAAUAAAUAAAUUACAAAAAGAAGAAGAAACACAGAUAAUGCAAGAAAGUACGAAUAUUUAUUUAAAAGAUUUAUUUGAUCAUAUUGUUCAAGUUAAUGAUACAAUUGAUACCUAUAGAGAAAUGUUAGCGUCAUUUAUUGAUUUCUAUAUGAUGUUAAGUUCAAAUGCAAUGAAUGAAGUUGUUAAAACAUUAACAAUUAUAUCAACAAUAUUUAUUCCAUUAACAUUUAUUGUUGGAGUUUAUGGAAUGAAUUUUGAUUAUAUGCCUGAAACUCAUUUUAAAUAUGGAUAUUAUAUUGUUCUUACUUGUAUGGGUCUAUUAGCAUUGAUAAUGUUAUCAUGUUUUAGACGAAAAAAAUGGUUGUGA